AUGCUGAGGCCAACGCGGCCGCUUUCAUGCCUUGUUCUCCUUUUCCCAGCCUCCCUUGUCUCCCUCCCCAUCUUCAUCUACGUCCUCGGCUGCAACGGCCUCGGUCUCGGCCUCCUCUGCCGCGCCAUCGUCCCCACUCUCUUUCCUCUUCGCGACCCCGACCCAAAGAUCCCUUCUUUGUCCGUCCUGAUCGAAGAAUCCGCACCCCACACGCCCAUAUCCUCCCAAAGCUCUCUCCUUUCGCCGAGUUCCAGCGAUGGACAUCAUCCCCACAUCCAACCAAACUUCUCUCUGCCUUCCAGGAACCCCGAGUGGUCGAAAAGGAGCGAGCUUUUUCCCAGCUUCCUCCACCCCAGCGCUCGGUCGAGCCGGUUCUCCGCGAGAGUCGCCGAGUUCUUUUACGGGCAUCGCUCCAAUUCCCUAAAUUCUCCUUGCAAGCCUCGUUUCUUCAUGACGUGGAUCUCCUCCUCGGAAAUUUUUCGCUCCAGAGAGUUGUUUGCAGUCGAGAGCUUGUUCAAAUCCCAUCAAGAUGCCUGCUUGCUCAUUGUUUCCAACGCCAUGGACUCGGCGAGUGGCGAGAAAUUAUUAAGACCUUUCUCCGAGCGGGGCUUUCGAUUGGCGGCCAUGUCGCCGGACUUCCCCUACCUCUUCAAGAACACGCCUGCCGAGCCAUGGUUCGAUCGGCUCUUGCAAGGGAAAGUCGAUCCCGGAACAGUCCCACUCGGCCAGAAUCUAUCCAACUUGCUCCGGCUUGCAAUUUUGUACAAGUAUGGGGGAGUCUACAUUGACACUGACGUUAUAGUUCUGAGAAGCUUUGAUGGUCUAAAAAACGCCAUUGGAGCGCAGUCCGUCUACGCCAAGACCGGCAACUGGAGCCGGUUGAACAAUGCUGUAAUGGUAUUUGAUGAGAAGCAUCCACUUCUUUAUAAAUUCAUGGAGGAGUUUGCGAGGACCUUCAAUGGGAGCAGGUGGGGUCACAAUGGACCUUACCUCGUUUCAAGGGUGGUCUCAAGGGUCGCAGGGAGGCCUGGUUUUGAAUUCAGAGUAUUGCCGCCGGAGGCAUUCUAUCCGGUGGAUUGGCAAAGGAUAUGGGGGCUGUUUCAGGCUCCGAGGAAUGGGAGCCAUUGGAAGUGGAUUGUGGAAAGGCACGAUUUUAUUCGUAGACGGAGCUUUGCGCUGCAUCUUUGGAACCGGGAGAGCACGAGAAUUAAGGUUGAGGAAGGGAGCAUCAUUGGAAGGAUAAUGUCUGAAUAUUGUUUGUUCUGCAACUCUUCGGUUAAUGUAAUGUAA